CGCGGUGAUGGAGGACGCGCUGGACCUGAAUGAGGAGUGGCGCCGCGGUUCAACCGCCUCCGCUCCUCCUCCCAAACCACCUCGCCGCCAGGGAGGCUGGUUAGAUGAUUCCAUGAAGGCUUCAAAGUCAAGAAGGAAGGCUGCUGAAAACAUAGAAGAUCAUCGCCUCAGACAGCAGAGCCUGGAUGGAUCAGAUGAUGGAGGAGAUAUUCCUGUUAUUCCGGAUCUGGAAGAAGUACAGGAAGAAGAAUUUGUUUUGCAGGUGGCAGCCCCUCCUAGCAUCCAGGUAAACCGGGUGAUGACCUACCGUGACCUGGACAAUGACCUCAUGAAGUAUUCAGCCUUUCAGACUUUGGAUGGUGAGAUUGACCUGAAGCUUCUCACUAAAGUCCUGGCUCCAGAGCAUGAAGUUCGAGAGGAUGAUGUCAGCUGGGACUGGGACCAUCUCUACACAGAAGUGUCCUCAGAGCUCCUCACCGAGAGGGACCUGCUGCAGAUGGAGAAAGAGGACCCUGCAGAACAGCCCAGGCACACCUAACCCUGUAACCUCUGCUCUGAGCUUGACAAAAUGCAGUAAGCCUCAGACUAAAGAAGAUUGCAGCAGCUUAGAAUUUUUACAUGGAAAAUUUUGUAAUGUAGCUAUUUAUUUUCAGUAGGUCACAUUGGAUCAUUUAAUUGCAAUAAAUUGCUUUAUUCUGUGGC